UUAUUCUUGUUGUUGUCGGAAUAUUCGAUACUUGGUAGUGCAGCUAACAAAGAAUCCGUUCUCAAUUUAAAUCAGCUUCUAUGCAAGAUUCCUGACGUUAUAAAAAAACUCAGAGAGCUUUCGAUCACAUCGCCAUUUCCACAUAUACGAACCCAGUGUAGAGAGGUGCUUUGCGAUUUCAUAGGGAAUCAUCCAAGUUCCGAUGAUCCGCAAACGCACAUUGAGUGGUUCAUCGCUCAGCUCGACUACGAGCUUGAAGAUGGGCGUCUGAGUGCAGUGGAUAUGCUGAACGGCUUAUUUUCCAGGCUUGAACCGGUUGUCUUGAACGGAGCAUGUCUUUUCAUUGUUUCCAAAGAUGGGAACAUCGUUGUUCAACGAGGAGAGCUCCAAAUGUCGCCGAUUCAUCUCAGCAGCACUAAACAAAUUGUUGUCUUCGGUCAGCGAAUCAGCUCGCUCCGAUGUGUUUUCAGCAUGCUGUGA